AUGCCUAUGUUUACGGAGGAGCAAUUGAGGAACCCUAACGUUGCCCCCCUGGAUAUUGCCAGUGAAAAGCACUUGAAAGAUUAUGUGUCAAGGAAGUUUGACUCCAAAUGUGGUCGUGUUAGCAGGAUUGUGCUCCAUGCCCCUCUGGAUGGUCUUUUCAAGACCAUUUACUAUGAUGGUGAACCUCUCAACACGCCGCCUGCUUUCCUCAGUUAUAAGGCUGUGGUUGACUAUGUCGAUGGCACCCCUACCUACGUGCGUCUUGAGGGUUUGGUGAGCCGUGGUGUGUAUGGUGUAAGGUACUUCCUAAAGGGAGAGGCCUCCUUCACCAUGGUUACUCGUCCUGACUUCAUCAGGAGCAGGGCGUCCCAUGGUACCUCUUACACGCUCGACCUUUACGCCGAGCCGGAGGACUUUGAGGAGAACAACAUUGUGCGUGCCAACGAGAACUCUCCCCAAAAGAUCGCUAUCUACUACCCGAAGUUCAACCACUACGUUCAGGAGGUUAUUGCUGGCACUAGGAAGUUGUGGAUAUACGAUCCUCUGUCUGCUGAGGUCUGUUUGAAGAUUAUGACUUACACGUACGAAAACAAGAACUUCUGUGUCGUCCGUACUAUGGAUUGGAACGGUUUUAUUGAUGAGUAUUUGUACGUGGAGGGUGCUGGUGGCUACAGCCGCGUCUCUCACAACCCGAAGGCUAGCUUUUACAUUCACAGUGGUAACGAGGGCGAGGCAACUCAGGAGGCCGACCCUGAACUUUUCACUAUGGUCCAAGUUGCGCCUCCUUCGGAUGAGGAAUCUGACCUUUUCAACGGCGCUAAGUUCAUCAAGGUCAACGUGCGCGACACGCCCAAGCCUGAUGACCACUGGAGUUCUUACACUGCCUACAACGCUUCUGGCAAUGUCGAGACCUUCGGUGCUGCCCACGAAGGUUACCUGAUAUACCGCCUUAACGACGGUCAGCGUGUGAUCUGGGAUCGCCCUGGUAUGGGUAUUAAGCAUUUCACCCACAUCGUCACCCUUGAGGGUGUUGAGUUGAUACAGCUCACCGCCGUCGGAGACGAGGGUGCCACGUACGAGUACUACAUGGAGAAGCGCAGCAACGGCUGGUUCCCGAUUACCAAGGCCCAGAUGAUGGAGCGUAUGAACCCGUCUCUUGUUACCAACAUGUUCGGUGAGCAUGUUACGAUUGAGGCUAAGCAGUACUCUCCCGAUGAGCUUGAGUACCUCACCAGGUGCACCACCGUCACUCUUGAUCUUAAGGAGAUUGUAUACUAUGCCUGGUACACUGACCGUAUCAAGAUUGGCAACCUUAUUACCAGGAAGGUGUUGACGGCUGUCGAUGGUUACACGUUUAACCGUUUCGUUAACGGCGAUGAGGUUGUUUACAACCCUAAGGGCAAGUACUUGUCCACCAAGGUCAUCCACUACAAGAUUAAGGAUAUGGAUCUUUUCGGUUUCGAUGCUAUUGACAAGAUGACUGGUAAGAGUGAGCCUCACUACUUCGUCAAGCGCAACCACUUGUGGAUGCCUGUAGACGAGCACACCUUCAACAAGACCUUCUUGGAUAUCGUUGUUAUGACCUACUACAAGCAGGCUAAGGUGGCGGAGGCCUUGAAGGAUGCUGAGGAUGCUGCCGCCAGGGUUGACAGGGAAAUUGAGGAGGGCGCUGCCAAGUUCAUCAAGGAUAUUGAUGAGGCUGAGGCUGCGGGUACCAUUGGUAGUUUGGUUGACGGUGCUAAGCCCAGGCGUCCUAUUCCUUCUGUUACUAUUAAGCCUUACGACCCGUACGCCGACCCCGAUGAGUACAUGGACCUGCCGCUGCAGCAGGAGCUUGACACUCACUACGGUGGUCACAAGUUGGAUCGUGCGGCUAACCAAGAGUUCUUGAAGAAGCUCAAAAAGCACAAGUUCAUCCGUCUCGAGCUUAAGGGUCGUGAGGAAGAUCGCUACAAGAUCCAUGCCAUCAUGGGUCCGGACCAGGUUUACAGGAUUGUUUACAACCCUGCUGAAGGUUACCUGUUCGAUGAGGUCUAUGAGUCUGGCGUUCCGGUUUUCGCAACCCCUGGUUACGUUAUCACCGAGGCUACGAUUGACCAGUUGCCUGAUGGCCAGUACUUCCUGCAGAUCAUUGCCUACGACAGUGAGGGUAACCAGGUCAUGCUUUACUUCUACAAGACCAACAAGUACCACCACUUCAAGGAGAUCAGUCGUGCCACCUACACUACGCUGCGCUUCAGGAGCAUGGUUAAGACCCGUAUUGAUGUCAGCAAGAAGAACGACCACCACAAGGGUGUGGUCAAGCUUGUGUCUAAGCACUACAAGAAGGUUUCUGCAUUCCUUCCCCGUUACAACUGUGUCAUCGACGAGGUUCGUCACAGGAAAUACAUUAUCUGGCGUUUCGAUGAGCUUAACCCCGAGGUUGUUACCCGUGUGGUCGUGUUCUGCCGUGACAACAUCCAGGGUGUCCUGUUGCAGUUGAUCGACGCCAGGGCGAACGAUGUGCAGAGGUUGUACUUGAACACCAACCCGAAGACUGAUGAGUACGCUCUGUUCUUGCACAAGGGUGAAAUGUUUGCCCUGUUCAAGGAGUACUUGAUGAGCAGGAAGACUGGUAUCGCGUGCUUCGCUAACUACAGGCCUAACGACAUUGACUGGAGCAAGGAGAUCGUUGAGGGAAGUGAAGGUUAUGAAAGGAUUAAGGCUGCCCUCACCCGCAGUGGUAGGAAGUGGGGUAAGGCACCCACCCUUUCCGCGCCGGUUGCUGAGCCUGAGGAAGAGGAGGAUGAGGAUGACGAGAUUUCCGGCGAACAGACUGCCGAAAAGACCGAAGAUGACUCCGACUCUGACGAUGAUGAUGAGGAGAAGAAGCCCGAGGAUGGUGAAAUUGAUGAGGAGAAUCUCACUGAGGAACAGAAGGCCGCUAAGGAAGCUGCGGCUGCUGAGGAAGCUAAGGCUGCCAAGUUGGCCGCCAUCCAGGCCAACUUGAACCGCAAGGCUGACAUCAGGGACAGCUCUUACUACGUCAGCAUUCCUUUCACCCUGCGCAAGGUCGUCCACAAGGAGGGCGUUGUGUGGGAUGCUGAGAAUUCUGGUUCUGUUUGCCUUGACUUCAGGAAGUACUCUAAGGGUCAGUACCGUCUCGUUGAGCUCGAAAUCUUGACUCCCGACGGACGUGUUGAGAUCAGGUACUUCAUGAACACCCACAACGGUAGGGGUCAUUACAAGGAGGUUGAGCUGUGCAGGAUCGGUAUGGACAUUUGA